AAGAUCUCUAUUCUCCAAUAUCUCUUAUCCUGCUUUUAUUUUACAUUGAUAUUAUUCUUAUAUUAUUUCUUGUCAAUUAGAUCUUUAAUAUCAUACAUUAUUUAUGUUAACAUUUGUUUCUUUAUUUAUGUAAAAGAAUUUAAAUGUUAGUUGACAAAAAUGGCGAAUGACUUAAUAAUGAAAGGUAAAGAUAGAUUACAAGAAAUUAGUACAAAAUUAGAACAAAGUCAUUUGGUUUAUUUACAAACAGAUGACAGUCCUUUAAAACUACAACAACGUCAUAAACUUGAAGGUUUUAUCAAAGAAUAUCUUUGCCUUGUUCCAAAUGAAAAUAAAUAUGUAUUUCAAGAAACUGCAGAUAUAUUGCAUAGAUCAGCAGCUACAUUGCAGGAUUUUAGUGGAUAUAGAGCUGCAACUGCAUGGAGUGCUAUUUCUUUAUAUGCAGCUAAUCUUUUGGCUCAACCUUGGAGAAAAGAAUAUAGAAUUUUAAGGACUUAUAGUGGAUAUUAUAAACACGAGGUAGAAGCAAAUUUAAUAGGAGCUGAGUUAAUGUUUGAACAGAUGGGAUACAAGCACACAGGGUUAGGAGUACUCACAUUAGAAGGUCCUAUUGAUCCUGAUAAAGUAUCUAGCGUGAGCAGAGAUGCAAUUGUUGCUUUUGUUGAAUGUCAGAUUUUAAAGCAAAUAUGGGAGAAUGUUUCACAGAAUUGUACCAUCUCAUGGUUAGAAGUUUUAGAAUUUCGAGAAAAUCAUGUUGGUACACCAGAGCAAGCGAUUAGGGCGUUAAAUUAUCGUUUUCUCGAAAAGAUGCAUCAAAAUCGACCAAAGGCAGAAAAUUAUAGGGACUAUCAUUAUCCACAAGCCACAUGCAUAGAUGCAGCAUCACCAUCGGUUCCCUAUCACAUAAUGCCUCCCAAUUAUAAUAUGCCAAUGCCUGCAUGUCAGUCAGAUUAUCGGUACAUAGAAGACACAAGUACGAUACCUGGAAAUUACAGAUACUUUCAGCCGAUGGAUCACGGUUUUGUCAAUCGAUGUAGUGCCUAUGGAUGUUUACCGCAGGGUAACAAAUAUUUGAGCGGUGUUAAUCCUUAUUAUACUACAAUGCCUGCAUACACAAGGGUGCCGACAUGUAGAUUAAUCGAGCUUGAUAUGCCUGUUUCGGUUGCUAAUUAUGAUAAGUUACAUAAUCGUAAAUCUUCUCACCGAAUAUCGGAUUUGGAUGAUGUAGUUUUUUACAAAAAACAGUCAAGUGACGGAGAUCAUUAUGACUAUGGAAGAAUAGACAAGAAGUUCACUAAAUCGGCCAGUGAGAAAAACAGUUACGAUUCCUGGGAUUUUGUAUAUAGAAAUUUGGAAAGUUUAGGAUAUUCCAAGGAUCUUGGUGAUCGAGAAGAUGUUUUACACAAACGAGAGUAUGAUUUACGAGUAAAUAAACAAAAACCACAUAAACAGAAUGACAGUGAUGAGAAAUAUAGUACGCAUCGGUUUGAGAAGAAUAAAAGCGGUAGAAUUGAUGUGAAUGACGUAGAUUCACCUGUAACAAAUGGCCGGCAUCAUCACGAUACUUUACCUUUUAAAAAGAAGUCUUCUUCUUUUGACUUAAUGGACUCCAAUAGAUAUCACGAUACGUUCUCCGAAAAUCAUUUAUCUUCUCAUAAUAAAGAGAAAAAACAUGGCAGUCAGACGCUUCCGCUUCAACGUUCGCAUAGGUCAUCGGAUCAAAUUGUAAAAAUUGCAGAUACGUUGAAAAAUAUGGAACUUCCUCGCCCGGAUAAAGAACGUGAAACGAAAGGUGCAUCUGUAGGAUGGAAUUGUGCUACUUGCACUUAUCUUAAUUCUCAGUCGAAAGAGAUUUGUGAAAUGUGUGGAAAAUCUAGGCACAAAGGAAACGAGGAUAAGCCAUUAGCGAGUGGUGGAAAGGAAUGUCCAAAAUGUACGUUGGUAAAUGAAAAGAAUGUCUCGAUCUGUGAUGCCUGUGGUACCAGCUUAAAAGAUUCACCUACCUACAUUUAGAUAAACUAAUUGAGAAAAAUUAUAUACAUCGUUUUUCAUUGUAUCCAAAUUGAAUAGAAAUGGUAAGCACGUUGCCUGGAUACUAUUCUUCUAAUAUUAAUAUUUAAGGUAUUUGAAAAAAAAAGUGUUAUUGUGUACUUACAUUAGCUUGCAACAGCCAAUAUAAGUGGUAACACAAUUUUUUUUUCAAUCACUUUAUUUAGAAAAAGGAUUUUUAAAGUAUUACUAUAUUAAUCGAAUUUAAAAUUUUUCAAAAUACACAUAUAAUGGAAAUGUACAAUUAUUUAUUUAAAACUGUUCAAGUAGAUUUGUGAUAUGGAUAUAUUAGUAUUAUAUGGUGGCCUAUUACUUGUUUGAACAAGAUAAUAAUAAACAUAUGCGGAUAACAACUGUGUCUCGAUUCUAAUUAAAAUUGGAAAAAUGAUUGAGGUUGAAGGGAUAUUGAAACUGUUGCUGAAUUCUGAUUGUUGAUAAAUGUUUAACUGCAUAUUUAAUUUGAAAAUAUACAGUUAGAAAAUAUCUGCACAUGUUUAUCUAAAAGUUGAGCAACUAAAGAAUCAUCAUCGAUAUUUGAUAGCCUAAAUAAUUUGUAAUACUAAAAAUAAUAUACAAAUUAUUUAUUAUACAGCAUAUAUACUGGUGUCCAUAAAAGGAAUAAAAAAAGAAAAUAUAGAAAAAUAAUUGUAUGUUACAUAUACUGAAGUGUUGUUUAGACAAAAAAGAGAUAUAAAUUGGUAUUGUUAUAAUAUGCAUACACGUAUAAAUACAGAUAUAUGCAUACGUGUCUCGCAAUAUAUUUAUGUAUAUUGCAGUUAUUUUUUUUUUUUUUUUUAAUGUCAAAUUAUAAAUUAUUGUUUUUUGUUUAUUGAUUUUUAUUAACGUUGAUAUACAAAAAUUAAUUGUUUUAAUUGUCAAGAAAUUAUACGUUGUUGCAUUAUCUAAAUUGAAAAGGAAGAAAAAUAUAAAUAACCCUUUUCAUGUUUUGAGUGCUAGUCUAUGGAAUGUUGGUCAUAAAGUUAAUCAUUUUUAUAAAGUUGGCUCAAUUAAAAUUUGAUGAAUGUUAAAUGAGUGCAAAGAAAAACUAAUACAAUUCACUUGUAUUUAUUGUUUUAAUCAUUUUUUGUUGACCAGACAAUAUGACUGUAGAAUUGGUACUUGCAUACCUAUAGAAAACAAAUGUAAAUUACACAGUACUAGGUAGAUUGCACAGUAUCUUAAUCAAUAAAGAUAUGUUCCAUGUC